GUGACCACCGAGAAGCCUGGGCAUUAAGUCCGGUAGUUUAGGUACGUAGACGUUUAAAAUAAAUGCAUGUAUUGCGGGGUUUUAAUAAAGCCCAGUAAAAUCAGAUAAAGGGGUUUUAUCUCCAUGCCCCGUGUAACAGCGAAGACACCGGAACGGUCGCCCGCUUAAUCCCGCAUCUCGGCUGCUGAAGCUGCGGCUCGAUCAUCAUUUAGGGUUACGAUGAGAGGGGAGCGCCGGCCCGGCACCGAAAUCACGGCAAAUCAGCCAGGAUAGGUGUUUCGGGCGGAAGGCGACAGGAAUGGGGUCUAAACGUGGGCGCUAUCACCCUGUGUUACAUGUAAAGUGGGAAUAAAUGAGCGGUGGGUGUACAGGCUAUGCGGAGCGCCGGCAGGCAGCCGUGCGAGGACGCGCUCCUCUCUCCCCUCCCCUCCCCUCCCGAAUCAGGAAAUAGCCAGCCAGUCCUCCUCCUCCUCCUCUUCUCUCUCUCUCUUGUUUUCUUCAUGAUCAUGAACUCAUAACCCGGGGCGGCUGGUUACAUCUGUACCCCCGACCGGCUGCAUAAUCGCUUUUGUGUCUUUCGUUUGCGGACCGGGACCGGGGACUCGGCGCGGCUCGGCACCGACACCAUUCUCCAAAAAUGAGUGAGUCCAGUAUCUGCCAGGCUCGAGCCACUGUGAUGAUCUACGAUGACGCAAACAAGAAGUGGGUUCCGGCAGGGACGGGCGCUCAGUCCUUCAGCCGGGUCCAGGUGUACCACAACCCCAGCAACAACACCUUCCGCAUCGUGGGCCGGAAGAUACAGGCGGACCAGCAGGUGGUGAUCAACUGCCCAAUCACGAAGGGCCUGAAGUACAACCAGGCCACACCCAACUUCCACCAGUGGAGGGACGCCAGGCAGGUGUGGGGUCUGAACUUUGGCAGCAAGGAAGACGCCACCCUCUUCGCCAAUGGCAUCUCACAUGCCCUGGAAGUGAUCAGCGCGCUGGGUGAUGCAGGCUUUCCCAGUGCCCCCCGACCUGUGCAGAAUGGACCCUCCCAAGAAGAACUGGAGCAGCAGAGGAGGCAGGAGCAGGAGAGGGCGCGUCUGGAGAGGGAGAGACAGGCCGCUGCAGCCGCGCCCCCAGCUGCCGCACCCCCAGGGGGCCCUCCACCCCCACCAGGACCACCUCCUCCACCAGGGCCCCCUCCCCCAUCGGCUCCACCUGCCCCACCCUCAGGUGGCCCUCCACCUCCUCCAGGACCCCCUCCUCCCUCUGGGCCACCAGCCCCGCCACUGCCGUCAUCCGGGGGUGGCGUAGGGGGAGGGGGCGGGGGCAGCGGCGGGGGCAGCGAAGAGGGGGGGCUGGCAGCAGCUCUUGCGGGGGCUAAGCUGCGCAAAGUGGCCAAGGCGGAUGAUGGUGGUGCUGCACCCACAGCAGCCAAGGGAGACCGCAGUAGCACCCCUGCACCAUCAGGGGGCGGCGGCGGCGGUGGCGGCGGAGGAGGCCUGAUGGGCGAGAUGAGCGCCAUCCUCGCUCGAAGGAGAAAGGCCGCAGAUAAGCCACCGGCAGCGAAGAAGGAGGAGCCGAGUAGCGACGACGUGGAAUCUCCGGAGGCGAAGCCCCUCACCCCAGCCGAAACCGCCAGAAGACCCUGGGAAAAAGCUUCUACAAUGCCAAGGACUAACUCCGCCCCCAAGGACAUUGACGCCUCUCCCAGCACAGCUGCCCCUCCUUUCUCCUCAGGGUCCAGGGUGAAGCAGACGUCCAGCAGCAACGAAACGGGAGUCAGCCCGGAAUCCGAGAUGGAGAGGAUAAAGCAGGAGCUCCUGGAGGAAGUCCGCAAAGAAUUGCAGAAGGUCAAAGAGGAAAUCAUCGGAGCUCUCAUCCAGGAACUGCAGAAGCGAGGCUCCUUGUAGCCAGCAGGGGGUGCUGGAGGGUGGAAGGGGGUGGGGGUCCCACAGACAUUUUCUUUCUCUGUCUUUUCUGCGCAGCCUUGGGA